AUGUUCCAAUCAACUCGAUCCCUCCUCAGGAGUGUCUCCGCAACCACCCCUACCACUUCAUUGCGCGCAUCAUGGUCACGACAACUGGCAUGUACCAGACCCGCACUGUCAUCGGUACGCUCGUUCUCGACAACUAGACCCGCUCACAAGGAUGCUCAGGAUACUGGUACUCAUAAGCCCAAGCCUAAGACAGGAAUCGUGCUGAUGAACUUGGGAGGACCAGGAGGCCAGAAUGAAGUACAUGAUUUCUUGCUUCGGCUCUUCUCCGAUGGGGACCUGAUCCCCUUGCCCAUGCAGUCUUAUGCGGCCCAGUUUAUCGCCAAGCGAAGAACCCCCAAGAUCAAGGAGCAGUAUCAGCAGAUCGGAGGUGGAUCUCCUAUCCGUAAAUGGACAACUGAACAAGGAACUGCUAUGGAAAAGAUCCUCGACAAGAUCUCUCCCGAGACUGCGCCUCACAAGCAUUAUAUUGCGUUCAGAUACGCAACCCCAUUGACACCAGAGGCAUUGGAGGCGAUGAAGGCAGAUGGGAUCGAGCGCGCCGUGGCCUUCACACAGUACCCCCAGUACUCUUGCUCGACCACCGGAUCUAGCAUGAAUGAACUUUAUCGCCAACUGCAAGAGUUGGAUCCCCAGCGCAAGAUGAAGUGGUCUGUUAUUGAUCGCUGGUUCACCCACAAUGGACUCGUUCAGGCAUUCGCAAACCACAUCGAGGCAGGAUUGGAACAAUACCCCGCCGAGACCCGUGACAAGGUCAUCGUUCUCUUCUCGGCCCACUCCCUCCCUAUGGAAAUCGUCAACCGUGGCGACUCUUACCCCUCAGAAGUCGCUGCCACGGUCGAGGCCGUCAUGAAGAAAUUGAACUACAGGAACCCUUACCGUCUGGUCUGGCAGUCUCAGGUUGGACCCAAGCCCUGGUUAGGCCCCAAGACUGAUAAGGCUAUCCUGGGUCUUGGCGAGAAGGGACAUAAUGACCAGUUAUUGGUUCCCAUUGCGUUCACGAGUGAUCAUAUUGAGACGUUGUUUGAGUUGGAUCUUGAGUAUGGCGAGGAAGCACACAAGGCUGGAAUUACGGGAUUGAAGAGGGCAGAGUCAUUGAACGCCGACCCAGUGUUCAUUCAGGCGAUGGCAGAUAUUGUCAAGACCCAUUUAGACGACACCGCCCCUGCUGGUAGCAGCCCCAUCUCGAAGCAGUUUGCAGUGAGAUGUCCAGGAUGCACAAACGAUACCUGCAAGGAUACAAGGGAAUACUUUAAGCAAUAA